UACAAGGAACACGAUUCCCGGACUUGUCUGAAAAUAAUGGAUACGGCUAGAUGGGUUUUCAACUUUCUGAUGCUUUCAGUUCUGCAUCAACUUUGGUGUGAGUCGUCUUCUUUGACGCCGACUCCAAUGUCUCACGUGACUGCAGCGUCGGACAACACUAGCUUUACGCCAGCGUCUCUAGGAAGUCAAACAUCUCAAUACAGGACAAGUUCAGUAACAACAGCACGGCAGAUACCUGGGCAAACGGAUUUCUCUAGGACAGCUAGUCCAACAGAAAGCUUAGCCGCUCAGAAAGCAAACUCAAAUUCGUCGUCUAUGACAUCUCCUACAGAUCGAACGGAUUUGUGUGAAUUGCUUGCCAUCAAAAGCGUUUGCAGUACUUACGCAAGCAACAAAACUACCUUCUUUGACGGCCUGCUCGGUCAAGAAAGAACGAUUCGCUUUAUCAAAGACCUGCUAGACCAAGUGUUUGCAAUUCUUGGAUCUCCCGAGUCAGGGACAAAGCGGUUUUGCUUUGAAAAAGUAACAGAAUUUGUGUGUCUGUACGUAUUAAGGAAUUGUAGCAAGACGUACGACACGUUUCAACAAUCUGUAAAAACUCGAUUGUGCAAAGAGAGUUGUGAUCAUCUGUUCUUGCAACAAACAGUUUGUGAAAGCCAAUUCCGGUCAAUUUCUGGAACGCUUACUAUUUCGUUUAGUGAUGGCAACGUUGUUGUGCCCAAGCAUGUUCAAGGAACAGAUUUUCAAUGCGAUGAUCUUCCCACCCGUCUUGACUCUAAUUCUACUUGCACGGACAUCAUACUUUUUGAAGAAAAAAGCAUUGAUCAGCCAAGAAUUCCUGUGGUUGCUCCUUCCACAGGAACCUACAAGCCGACAGCAGUCUUAACAGAAAAUUCUUCAAACGCAACUAUUGAUCGAUGUGCGAUUUCUUCGUCUCCUACUCCUAGGGCAGACAUUGUUCGGACGUGCGGUAAUGAAGGGACUGUACCGUCAGGGACGCCUUGCUAUUUUCCUUUCACGUUCAGAAAUGUCAAAUACUAUGACUGUACUGUAGUAAAUGAACGCCGUCCUUGGUGUGCCACAGAACCAGGAGAUGUGGAUAAUCACAACAAGUAUGGAUUUUGCGACUGCAGUGCUAAUUUGUCUCAAUACUUCUACACGGCUUGCCAACCGUACCAAGUUGUACACGGUGUUUGCGACGAGUACGUCAAAGGCAAAGAAGUUUUUGUUGAUCUUUGCUACCCACAAAACAUCGUUACGUACAUCACCAAUUCCGCGGACGCAGCUUGGAGGAAAUCUCUAUCUGACAGUCCACAGUGGUGCGUUAAGCAAAUAGUAAAGGCCAUGUGUUUGUAUUCGUUUCCGCCUUGCAACAGAACUUCUUAUGGAGUUGUUCAACCGGCUCGGUUGUGUAAAGACUCAUGCCAACAGUAUCUUUAUGGUAACUGUAGUUCUGUGUACGUGUUAGCAUUUGCUGCUGUCGAAUCGCUUCAAAGGUCUAGCUCUAUAUAUUUCUUGAGACCGCAGCAUAUCUCUGUAGGCUUUCCUACGUGUGACGAUAAGCCAACUAAAGAAGAAACUAAUCGGUCGUGUUUAGAUUAUGGAGUGGAUCUUGGGUUUCGAGCCGCGACUGAGCUACCAACGAAAGGCAGUCAAAAAUCCGAUGUAGACAUUUCUGUUGUAGUAUCUGCUGUCAUUGGGACGGUCUGCUGUUUCACAGCAAUCAUAGCUAUUUUUGUCGUCUUCAUCGUGCGGCGCAAACAUCGACAAAGACAAUCGCUAGCGACUGAAAUUAUUGAAUUAAACGAGAAAUUCUCGUCUUUAGCCCAAUCUACGUCCAGCAGUAAGAUGCUGACGGCAGAGAACAGUUUGUACAAGCGUCAUGAACCCGAGGUGUUACCUACUCUCAAAGAGGUUCUUAAAUCUCCUUCUUUGUUCCAUACACUGCACUCUGUGUUUUCCUUUGAGGCAGAAGACGUGGCCGUUACGUUCAUACCUGAAAUUGAUCACAAAAAGCUUGAAUUCGUUAGAGAUCUCGAUGAAGGACAAUUUGGUCAGGUGCUCUUGGCGUCGAUCACUGAAUUUGAAGAGUUCGAGAACGACACACUGGUUGCUGUGAAGGUUCUUAAGAAAGGUAAUGACGACAAGACGAAAUCAGAAUUUAUGAAGGAGUUGUGUAUGAUGGCCCAGCUACAGCACGAAAACAUAGUCAAGUUGUUGGCUAAAUGUACUAAGGAAGAACCCAGUUGCAUGGUUUUUGAGUUUAUGGAACGUGGUGCAUUGAUCGACUUUUUGCGCAACUCUCAAGUUGGAGAAGAAACAAACCUAGAUGCGCUGGAGCUCGAAGAAAGCUCUCGCUCAAAGCAAGUGCUCAGUCUGCACGAUCUUAGAGCGAUUAUUCGUCAAGUCUGUCAGGGGCUCGUCUAUCUAGCAGGCAGACGCUUCGUUCAUCGAGAUAUCGCUGCUCGCAACUGCUUGGUUGGAAAGUAUCUCGAAGUGAAAAUUGCUGAUUUUGGUCUGUCACGUGACGUGUAUGCAGGAGACUACUACAGAGUAGGUGGUAAAUCCUUUCUCCCAGUUCGGUGGCUGCCACCAGAGAGCAUUGUCUAUGGCUAUUUUACAGUCAAAUCCGACGUGUGGGCAUUUGGUGUUCUUGUUUGGGAAGUCUAUUCUCUUGGGCAACAACCCUAUUAUGGAUCACCUAAUGAGCUAGUCGUUGAGAUGAUUUGCAGUGGUCAAACGCUGUCCAAACCGAGUGAAUUCUGUCCAGAUGACAUGUACGAGUUGAUGUCAUCAUGUUGGAGCAAGGAAACGGAGAAUAGACCAGAAUUCGGUGAAAUUUUGAACAAGCUUUAACUGCGUACACGUACAUCGAUCGCUUUCUAGAUGAAAAACUUAGAUAAAGGCAACGUUCGCGCUUGCUUUGCUA